AUGGAGAGAAAUGAAGGCGGCAACGAAACUCAUGUGUUUGUUGUGGGAGGCUCGUCGGAGAAGGACGACAAUGACAAGUGUGGCUCUGGUGGUUUCUUACGGUCAAGGUGGAAUGUGGAGGUGGUAACGAAGUUUAGGGCUUUAAGAUCCAGCGACGUUGCAGAGCCGGUUGGAUGGAGCUCAAACAGAUCCCUAAUGGCGAUGAGAUCCAUCAUUUCCUCAAGAUCACAUUCUCUUCUUCAUUUCAAGCACUCAUCCAAUUCCAAUUUAAGAUUGCUUCGUCUCUUCAGCGAUCAAGGCCGCGUCCUUGACGACGAAGAACGUGCUCGUGAGAAUCUGUACGUCAAGAAAAUGGAGAAAGAAAAGCUGGAGAAGCAGAAGCAGAAAAUGGAAGGAAAAGACAAAUUAGACGAUAAAGAUAAAUCUGAGAAGAAACCAUAAGGAAGAAGGCAAAACUUGUAAGCUGAGAUGGAUCCGCUUAAUCGACUUCUGAAGCUCUUGACUCAAGUAGAUUAAUAAACGUGAGUCUGAAAACAAGACUUAAAUUGGUCAAUCGUUAAUGGUGUUUUCUGCAAUUUUUACACUUUUUACAUUUCAUUGUCGUGCUUCGUUUUUAUAAAACAAAAGCACAAUUUUGUUAGAUGAUCCUUAGAAGUUGGGUCAAUGAAGAAUUUAUCAUGAAUUUUUUUUGAAGAUAUCUGUUUUUGGAACUUACCCAAAGGCCGAAUGUGAUGAAAAUAUCGACAUAAUAAUUAAC